AUGACUCCCAAGGAUGCACCCAAUGAAAAGCAAUUAGAAUUUGCUCCAUCGGGCACUUACCCACAACUUAGUUGCAACGGUCGACAUUGUUCUGAAUGUGGACAUUGUCGUGAUUGGUACUACAAUGGUGACCCCAAGACUUUCGAAAUAGUGCGACGAAAUAGAUUUAAAGAUGAAACGUAUUGGGCUCAGGGCAAACAAAAAUAUUUCCGCAAACGGAAAGGUGCAACCUGUGCUAUUCCUAUUUGUACUCAUCAUACGCCUCCUGAUCCUUCUUCUGUUGAUAGUUCGACUCGUCCUUUUCGUACAUCUGCUUCUCAUGUCACUGCUGGUGUUAUUGCUGCCCCGUUUACUAUUGGUGCUCGCUUAUUCACUGGUCCUGUUGUUGCUUCUAUUGGUACUCGCUUAUUUAUUGCUCCUGUUGUUGCUACUAUUGCUGAAGGUGCUUAUGGUUUUGAUAGUGUUAAUUCUUCUCGUGAUCGUCAUAUGUUUUGUCUCUGUGAUGAUAAUGACCAAGAGUGGUCGAUAAGAUAUCGAUGA